CAAAAGUUCCACGUUGAGAUGUAACAAUGGCGGCCCCCAGGCCAGGAAACCCUGACAGGGGAUGGAAUGAUCCACCCAUAUUUAACUAUACACCUAAGACUUCUGGACAUGCAUCACCUAGAGGGACAAAACUCAACAAGCGAAUAGCCUACACUGGAGGGGCAGUAAAUACUCAGUUAAAUACUGCAGGUUCCGGAACUCUCCUCAACCCAGCUAGUGGACCUCCCAUUUCACCUGUACAACUGCUGCCGCCAAUACAGUUGUUGCCCCCGACAACCAACACUGCCCCAUCUGCCCCUGUCCCCCUCGUGAUACCUAUGAUGGGUUCGGUUACUCCCCUCAACACUGGGAUAGAGUCUAAUAACAAAUCUACCACAAUAGACUCACAAAGCACUGACUUGGCAGACAUUCUGGAAUAUUCAAACAUUUCUAGUGAUGAUGAACUUUUCGACAAAGUCAAACAAAAACUUGAUAGUGAGUUUGAGAGGUGCUUACCUAGGCUACAGGGACGUGCAGCAGAAGAUAUCAAGAAGAAACUACAAAUUUUAAAAGAAAAUUGGAAAGACAAAAAAUUGUCCAAGGAUGUUCAAGUGAGAAUCUGGGAAAUACUCCAAGCUUUAGAAAAUAAAGAAUAUGACAAGGCCUGGGAAAGCCACCUGUCUCUCAUGGUGGACUACACAGCCGAGGUUGGCCAGUGGUUGGUUGCAGUCAAACGGAUUAUUCACGAGAAUCGGGAAAUGAGGAAAGAAGAGGAAAGUUCUGUAAAACAAGAGACUGAUAAAGAUUUAAAAUCAGAUUCUGAUGCUGCCAAUUUAAUUGAUGUGUCUGAUCCGAAAAUAUCCUCCAGUAGUGUUUUAACACUGGACGAUUGUACUGCGGUGGCUGGUGAUAUAGACAGAACAGGAUCAUCAGUUGAUGGUUGAUUCAAGAUUUCAGGAUACUUCAACAGCCUUUUUUCCUUCAAAUUUGCCAUGAUUUUCAUAUAUUUUUUAUGUGGAUACCUCCUGAAUUUCCCAAAGAUAAGACUGAUUGAAAAUGACAUCAUCAACUUGAAGUUUGUUUCAAGAGUUUGCUUGUCUUAACAAUUCUUAAUUUGGACAAAGAGAGGAGAUGCUGGAAACUAAAUAAUUAAUCGUUGUAGGAUAGUAAUGAUAGAAAUCUGAAAUGGCCUUCAUUGGUCUCCCACUAACUGUUGGGAACCAGUUAAAUUGGACAGGGGAGAUAACUGCUGUAAUGGUUUUAAAAGAUUGGUUGUCGAUGAUAACCUACAUUUCGGCCAUUUAUUACUUUAAUUUCAUUGAGAAGAACUUAUUUGGUAUGCCUGUCUGUUAAAAGUUGUUUGACUGCAUGCUAGAUUCAUGACAGCGUAUAUGGGCUCAUGUUAGUUUUAAAUUCAUGUUUAUCAUUAUCAUGGCUCCUAUCUUAUUUAAUCAAUUUAAUAUUGGCAUUUUUGGAACUUUUGGAACUUUUUUGAUACUUGGAAAUAACCAUAUUACUGCUUGUAUAUCUUUCAAAUAGUGCAAUAUUGUGGGAAAUUAUUGGAGAACCUUUCUUUAAGUAAUAUUUAACUGAAAAAUGUGCUCAAACUUAUACAUGAACCUGUAUUAUGUAGUUGAGUAAAAGCCUACAAAAAUGUGUCUCUGCAUUCAUUCCUUUACAUUAUAUUUUCAAUAACGUGUUAAGAAUUGCAAGACAUUUUUCUUUGACGAUUCCUUUAUUUUAUGUCAUUGUAUAGUGAUAGGUAUAAUUUUGUUUAAAUAAGUAAAAAAACAUUGCUUUAAUUUACAUGCAAACUGCAAAUUUUAUGGUCUAAUUUGUUUUAAAUCAAAGUGCUGCUGAGUGCUUGCAAAGCAAACCACUUAAAGGUUUAGUAAUUCAUUACAGUGUUGCAUCAUUGAUGAAUGUUGUAAUGGAGGACCACAAAAUCAAACAGCACCAAUCUUCAAAAGCCAUGUUCCAUAGAUCAGGAUUUCAAUCAAAGUGGCAGAUGGGUAUGAAUUAACUGGUUUACCAAGACUUGGUAAAUUAACUGGUUUAUUAAGACUUGGUAAAUUAACUGGUUUACUAAGACUUGGUAAAUUAACUGGUUUACCAAGACUUGGUAAAUUAACUGGUUUAUUAAGACUUGUAUUUAUCCAACACCUGUAUCGAUUAACCAGUGGCCUAGGAAUUGAUGAACAGGGCAAUAUUGUUAGGAAGAGAUGUAAAAAAAAACCAUGUAGUGCGGUAAUGUAUAAAUGCUUUUUUAUUGGAUAUAUAUUUGUUACUACUGUAUACAGUAUAUUGAAUAUACAUUUUACUAUGUUAUAUAUAAUAUCUAUAAUAGUGGCCAUAUAUAGGUUAGAUCUAUUGAACUCACAGAGAUGAUUUAUAUUCAGGUGGGUCAUGGUACUUACUUAUUCUAUGAGCUAAGUGUACAAAAAAAAAAUAAUACAAUGUUAAUUUUGUUUUACUAAAAGUGCAAAAGAUACUGUAUACAAUGUUAUUUGUUCGUGUCAGUAUUAAUAUCACGGUAAGAUGAAUUUGAUAAUUUAAAAAAAACCUGCAAGCAUACCUUCAGGCCAAGCAAUCUUAAAGGGGCUGGUUGGGGGGGAAAAGGCAUAUUUGCUAAAAUGGCAUACACAUGUUUAAAAUACCUUCUUAUGAAAUAUACCGAUACAAA